AUGGCAGAUAUCACAUGGGGCUUCGUCGGACUGGGCAAUAUUGGCUAUCCUAUGGCCAUUAAUCUUCGAAAUAAGAUGCCAAAGCGAUACAAUUUAAUCAUCCACGAUGUCAAUUACGACGCCAUGAACCGAUUUGCUGAACAAGUGAACGGUAUGAGCAAUCGAAAUGCAGCAGACAUUCAAUACAGUUUGGACCUUGCCGACAACGCCAGACAAGUUGCAGAGAAAUCGACUGUCCUCAUAACUUGUUUACCCUCCCCAAGAAUCGUCCAGGACGUCUAUAAUUCUAUAUUGAAUCACGGCACGCUUCCCCAAUUGGCAGAAAAGCAACUUUUCAUCGACUGUUCCACGAUCGACCCAGCAUCCUCCCGGGAAAUUGGAGAUAUGCUUCACAAGGCAGGCUAUGGGCAUUUUGUGGACGCACCAAUGUCUGGCGGGGUCGUUGGAGCCCGCGCAGGCACGUUGUCUUUUAUGUUCGGCUCGGCCGAAAGUUUGGAGGAGCAAGUCAAAUCAGCCCUUCUACUAAUGGGAAAGAGUGCUCGCCGCAUGGGCAACCAGGGAACUGGCGUGUGCAGCAAACUAGCCAACAACUACAUCCUGAGCAUCAACAACAUCGCCUCGGCUGAGGCACUUAAUAUGGCUCGGCAGUGGGGACUUGAUCUUCGGUCGCUGAGCGAUCUCAUCAAGUCUUCAACGGGACGUUGUUGGCCGAUGGAUGUCAACAAUCCUGCUCCUGGCGUUGACGAAUCCGCUGCAGCCUCAAAUGGUUAUGCUCCUGGAGGUACAGUUAACAUCAUCAAGAAAGACCUUGAGCUGGCAAUGGCUGGGGCGAAAGCUUCUGGAGCGUUGCUACCGUUGGCGGAGAAGGCCCAUGAGGUUUAUUGCGCAGUUGAGGAGGCGUACAGCGGCAAGGAUCUCUCUGUCGUAUAUCAAUGGUUACAGAACCAGGCGUAA